CAACGCAUCACAAUCACGGACACACAUACCAUAGCCAUCUAGGCAACACAUCAAGAAACCCUCUAGGGAUCGAUCAAGUAGAGAAUUCACCAUGAAGGGGAGGAAGAAGCAUCACGUCCUGUCCUGCUGCCUGCUGAUCGCGGUUCUCAUCAUCCUCGGCAUCCUCGCUCUGGUGCUCUACAUCCUCUACCGCCCACUCCCGCCGCGCGUGCUGACCUCGCCGGUGGAGCUCGGCGUGGAGGACUUCAGCCUCCUCCCGCCGUCGCUGACGCUGACCGCGUCGGUGCACGUGGAGGUCGUCAACCCCAGCCGCUCCCCGUUCCGGUAUGGCGAGACGGUGACGGCCGUGACCUACCACGGGGAGCCGGUCGGGACGACGGUGGUGCCGGCCGGCGGGGUCGGCGGGCGGACCACGACGUGGGUCACGCCGCUGACCGAGGUGGACGGGGUCAAGGUGGCCGCGAACCCGCACUUCGCCGGCGACGCGCUGUCCGGGACGCUGCCCUUCGUGGUCAUGGUGAGGCUGGACGGCAAGGCGCUCGUGCUGCGCGCGUUCGAGGUGAGCGCCACCGUCGAGGUCGUCUGCUACGUCCAGCUCUACGUCUUCCGCGAGGACAGCAGCUCGCGCUGCGUCGCCACCGUCCGUGCUGGCCCUCAACGCAAAUACUACUAGCUAGUAGCUACGCGCAUGCAUGCUAGUAUGCUACCGCGCCACCUGAUCGAUGACUACAUGAUGGCCUUACGAGUGUGUAAUCUAUUUUUUUCUUUAUUUGCAGUGUGGCCUAAGAGCACUAAGUAUGAAGGAAAAGAAACGCUUCUCUGAAAU